GGAGAACGUGCUGAAGAACCUGGACGACAAAGCUUUUGACAAGCCCAUCUGCGAGGCUCUCUUAAACCAGAAGUUUUUCAAUGGAAUUGGGAAUUAUCUCCGCGCUGAGAUCCUGUACAGGUUGAAGAUCCCUCCCUUCGAAAAGGCUCGGACCGUGCUGGAGGCCCUGAAGGAGCAGGAGGAGAAUCCUUCCCUGACGCUGAGCAAGAAGCUGAAGCUGAAGCGGGAGAACCCGGAUCUCCUGGAGCUGUGCCACACUGUGCCCAUGGAGGUCAUCACGGCGGAGAAAAAACUCUUUGAACCAGGUGACUCGAAUAACUACACUGCUUUCAAGAACUGGCUGCGGUGUUACUUGGUGCCCGGCAUGAGCUCCCUGCGCGACCGCAACGGCAGGACCAUAUGGUUCCAGGGAGAGCCCGGCCCCAUGGCUCCCAAAGGGCAGACGUCCCGCAAGAAGCGCGCUCAGCUGAAGGCAGAUCCCGAGGCUCCGCCCCCCGAGGUCACCACGCGCACCUCGAAACGACGCCCCAGGGCUGCAGCAAAACCCCCGAAGCCGGUCACGGAGGAGGAGGAGGAGGAGGCGGCUCCAAGUGCAAAGCCGAGGAAGGGACGUUCCCGUGGGAGAAAAGCAACUGCUGCUCCAGACUCGUCUGAGCCUGAGCCGCCGGUCAAAGCCAAAAGAAGCCGCCGGACAACCGCACGCAGGGGCAGAGGUGGAGCCCCCGCCGUGUGA